GCAACGCCAGCGGCCGGGGUGUUGGGGAGCGGAGAGGAGGUGAAGCGACGCCGGAGGACCGAAGGGUGCGGAGGCACUAGCGGACACGAGGGGACGCUGAGAGGGCGGCGUGGGCCGAAGUUUCGAGGGGCGGUGUUGAAGAAUGUGUGGACGAACAUCCUGUCACUUACCUAUAGAGGUUCUCACCAGAGCUUGUGCCUACCAGGAUCGGCGGGGCCAGCAGCGGCUCCCAGAAUGGAGGGACCCUGAUAAGUACUGCCCCUCUUACAACAAGAGUCCUCAAUCCAACAGCCCAGUGCUUCUGUCUCGACUGCACUUUGAGAAGGAUGCAGACUCCUCUGAGCGUAUCAUUGCUCCCAUGCGCUGGGGCUUGAUCCCUUCUUGGUUCAAAGAAAGUGAUCCUUCCAAGCUGCAGUUCAAUACUACCAACUGUCGUAGUGAUACCAUAAUGGAGAAACGGUCAUUUAAGGUGCCUCUGGGAAAGGGAAGACGCUGUGUCGUUUUAGCAGAUGGAUUCUAUGAGUGGCAGCGAUGUCAAGUAACAAGCCAGAGGCAGCCAUACUUCAUCUAUUUUCCUCAAAUCAAGACAGAGAAGUCAGGUAGCAUUGGUGUUGCAGAUAGUCCUGAGAACUGGGAGAAAGUCUGGGACAACUGGAGGCUGCUGACAAUGGCUGGGAUCUUUGACUGCUGGGAGCCCCCAGAGGGAGGAGAUGUCUUGUAUUCCUAUACCAUCAUCACGGUGGAUUCCUGCAAAGGCUUGAGUGACAUCCACCCCAGGAUGCCUGCCAUAUUAGAUGGGGAGGAGGCAGUUUCUAAAUGGCUUGACUUUGGUGAAGUCUCAACUCGGGAAGCUCUGAAAUUAAUCCACCCAACAGAGAACAUCACCUUCCAUCCAGUCUCUUCUGUGGUGAACAACUCACGAAACAACUCUCCUGAGUGUCUGGCUCCUGUUAACUUGGUGGUCAAAAAGGAGCUCAAGGCAAGUGGCAGUAGCCAGAGGAUGUUGCAGUGGCUGGCCACAAAGUCACCCAAAAAGGAAGACUCAAAAACACCCCAAAAGGAAGAGUCAGAUGUUGCCCAGUGGUCCAGCCAGUUCCUGCAGAAGAGUUCACUCCCCACCAAGAGAGGCACUGCAGGACUCCUAGAGCAAUGGCUGAAGCGAGAGAAGGAGGAACCUGUGGCCAAGCGUCCUUACAGCCAGUGACACAGGACUUUCAGAGACCAAGACCAGGGUCUGCUGCACUGCUGUUCUGAUAAUAGGUUCUUAAAUUGUAUGUGUGUAGUUUGCUUUGGGAGGAGGUAGCUUAGUAUUAGUUGACAGUUGUGGGCUCAUGGGAAAGUCGGCUUCCUUGCCAUGAGUAGGAGCCCCUAGUGGGGCUGGUGGACAGCUUUGGAAGAGGUGUCAUGCUUCUGUCACCAGCCAUGUGGGCCCCAUAGGGGCACCGUACCUGCUGCUCUUUCCUGGCAGGGCUGGUGGAGUCUUCCCUUAAACCAUGCCUUACCCAGCUAGGAAGUCUCUGCCCUGACCUGGUAUUCCUCAUAGUAAGCUAUUUUCUGCUCAGCCACUGGGCUCUUUCUGUCUUGGGUACGUUCUUAAAA